UUCCAUAAUAUCUUCCACUAAUUUCACUACUACUAGUAUAAAUACUUUUACUACUAAUAAUAAUCAAAGUGAAAAGCAGCAACAAAACGGGCUUUUAUUCUUAGCUUCUUCUGCACCGCACGCACCCAAGGUGAUUGAAGAUGGUAGACUUUGCUCGAGUGCAGAAGGAGCUUGUCGAAUGCCACAAAGACGCUGAAGGAUCCGGCAUUCGAGUUGCUCCUAAAAGUGAUAAUCUUGUUAACUUGAUCGGUACCAUUCCUGGCCCUACCGGAACUCCAUACGAAGGUGGUGUUUUUCAGAUUCAAAUCAAUUUACCCGAGGGAUACCCAUUUGAACCACCAAAGAUGCAAUUUUCAACCAAAGUCUGGCACCCAAAUAUCAGCAGCCAAAGUGGUGCUAUUUGCCUGGACAUCUUGAAAGAUCAGUGGAGCCCAGCACUGACUCUGAAGACUGCACUUCUUUCCGUGCAAGCACUUCUUUCUGCUCCUCAGCCUGAUGAUCCUCAAGAUGCUGUUGUGGCACAGCAGUAUCUGAAAGACUAUCAGACGUUUGUCAAUACUGCUCGCUACUGGACAGAAAGUUUUGCCAAGACAUCAUCUCGUGGGGUUGAAGAUAAGGUACAGAAACUCGUUGAGAUGGGAUUUCCUGAAUCUCAAGUAAGGAGCAUUUUGGAAGCUGUUGGUGGUGAUGAAAACUUGGCUCUUGAAAGGCUAUUGUAGCUUAUGUAUUGAGUAAAGUGUCUUGAUCAUUGUGAAGCUUAUUAUGACAUCCCAUAUAAGAUGUUGGAAGCAUAUAGACAAAAAGGAUUAAUUGAAUAUAAAGAUAUAACCUAUUUAAGAUGGAGCAUAUCGUAUAGUCUUUUUGGUUCUUCUUUUCUAUUUUGAAACUUUGUACUCGACAUUGUCCUAAUUUUAUAGUAGCAUGUACCAAAUUGAUUGAAUAACUGAUUGGCAAGGCAAGGUUUCUGCUUCAUGGAUAACUUGAUGGAUUUUUGGCUGUCA